AAGGAAAUGACAUGUUGCGUCCAUGACUAAGUUGCAUUAAAAUUCUACAAAAUGCCGCCAUACAUUUCUGGGGUACGAGUAUUUUCCGCUGUUGAAAAAAGGUACGUGUUUUAAGGCAGUGUGGAUCGUACCGUAUACAUAUAGAAUGGCAUCUUCUUCAGAAGAACUUGAUGUUCACUGUGGCAUGUGUUGUGAUUUCACAAAAUGCUCGAUAUGUUUUGAACAAUUUAAAACUCCAAGGUACUUACCUUGUUCACAUUCAUUUUGCCACGAAUGUUUGUCAACCCACAUCGUAUCUACAUGUAAUUCUAAAGAAACUCCUGUAGGAUUCCAUUGUCCGUUGUGCCGAAACUUCAUUCCGGUGGAAAUCUUUACAAGUAAACCAAUAAAUUGGGCGACUCAGUUCCCUGUGAAUGAAAUCCUAAGCGAAGUAUCCAAAAAUCAAGAAAACGAAAAUUAUUGUGAUACAUGCAAAAGGGACGAGGAGGAAUGUGAAGCUAGUAGAUAUUGUUAUGAAUGUAAAGAGAGACUCUGUGAUAUGUGUGCUAAAUACCACAGGCGUAUUUCCCUGACCAAGGACCACAAGGUUAUAUCUUUAAAAGAAUUGAAGCUGUCACCCGUGAAAACCAGCAACAAAGAGCAAUGCCCUAAGCAUGCAGAGAGAAAAAUAGAAUUCCUUUGUUUGGAUCAUUCUGUUCCUUGCUGCACAAUGUGUAUUUGUGUUCAACAUAGAAAAUGUGACAAAAUAGAAACUGUAAAGGAGUCGGCAGAAAGAAUACGAAAGGGCGAGUUUGAUAAUCUUGUUAAAGAAUUGAUAAAACUGGAAGACGAAUUCAAGAGUAUACAAAAUAAACAAGAGGAAAACAUUACACAAAUAGAAGCCAAAACUAAAGAGAUAUUUGAGGCUACUGAAAUAGUGUUUUCUAAAUUCCAAAAUCAUAUCGAACAGCUGAAAAAUGAUUAUCUUGACAAUCUUUCAACCAAAGCUAAAGAGCUCAAGGAGAUUCUUAGAAAGAAUGCAGAAUCAAAAGGCGACAGAAUUUUGUAUCUAAAACAGGUUGAAACAUCGCUUGAAAGACUGAAAGAAGAGUUGGAUGAUGCUACGUAUGUUUCAGAAUUCUGUAGAAGUAGUCAGAAAUAUAAGACUUUGAAAGAAAAUCAGAAUAAAAACAAAGAUAUACUAUUUAAAUUGAUAUCUUCCUUUGAAAGUAGGAUAAUGGAGAUUGAAAAAAUCAACAAAUUUGGCGACUUUAGAUUUACUGAAAUCAACGAAUUUGGCGACUUUAGUUUUACUGCAAAUUUUACUCGCUUGUCAUGUUAUACCGCAACAACAAAACAUGCACCACGUGAAUUUACGGAUCCUCCGAAAAGAAAAUCCGUUAAAAGUGCACAGAUGAGGAAAGGUAUCAGGUCUUGUA